AUGAUGCUACCUAUAACUUUUCCUCUCUCGACUGGGAAGAUGAGACUUUAUUCGAGGCUAGUAAAGCCAUUAACAUCCAAUUUUCCGACAAUAUAUGCCCUAUCUACGCCAACUGGCCAUAAGUCAGCUAUUUCUGUCAUACGGAUCUCUGGUUCACAUGCCAAAUAUAUUUACCAUAAAUUAACAAGAUGUUCUGCAGAUCCAAUACCUAGAGAGGCAGUUUUAAGAAAACUGUACCAUCCAUUCGAAAUCAUAAAUAACAAGCCAUUACUGCUCGAUUCUUCUCUGAUCUUAUUCUUCCAAUCACCGAAAAGCUUCACAGGGGAAGAUAUACUGGAACUACAUGUACAUGGUGGUAGAGCAAUCGUUUCAAGUGUUUUAAAUGCAAUAAAUUUGCUACAUGAUAGAAGUAGUAAUUUCAAUAUAAGAUAUGCGCAACCUGGAGAAUUCUCUAAGCGUGCCUUCCACAACUCAAAAUUUGAUUUGACAGAAGUAGAGGCGAUAAACGAUUUGAUUAACGCUGAUACUGAGGCCCAAAGACGCAGUAUUCUUUCUAGCCUGAAUGGUGAUAAUAAAUUGUUGUUUCGUGAAUGGCGCAGUUUACUAAUUACUUGUAUGGCUCAAUUGACUGCUAUUAUUGAUUUUGGGGAUGACAAUGAUUUGUCCACAAGUCAUGAUAUUAUAAAAGGCGUCUCAAAUAAAAUACUAGGAUUAAAAAACAAAGUUAUUGACUUCAUAAAUAAGGUGGAAAGGGCGGAUAUACUAAAUGAUGGUAUUAAAAUAGUAUUUAUGGGUUCUCCGAACGUUGGGAAGUCUUCAUUGUUGAAUAUGGUUACAAAUGAUGAUACUUCAAUUGUGAGUGACAUACCUGGCACUACAAGAGACUCUGUGAGCACGCUUAUAAAUAUUGGCGGGCAAAAGAUAAUAAUGACCGAUACAGCAGGCAUAAGGAAGGAGAGUAAUGAUAAAAUAGAGCUUUUAGGGAUUGAGAGGGCAAAAGAAAAGAGUGGAAAAAGUGACAUUUGUAUAUUAGUUCUCGAUCCUACAAGGAACGUAAUACUUGAUGCUGAGGUUAUUUCUUGGGUAAAAUCACUAUACGGGCGAAAAAAGGAAAUAUUGGUGGUACUAAACAAAUCAGAUCUUUUUGAAGACAAGAAGAUUUUGGAAAGCAUUAAACGAGAUGUAUGUUCUUCUUUCAAGGGUCUCGAUUUUCCAAUUAUUACGACCUCUUCCAAAACUUCAAGUGGAGUUAAGGCCUUUUUCACUGUUCUAAAAGAAAAGACUGAAAAGAUCUCAUUUUUGAACAAGCAUUCUGAAGCCAUUACGAUAUCUAUGAGAGCAAAGGAAAUCCUAAGAAAAGACGUUCUGUAUGGUAUAAAUGAAUUUUUAAAAUCUAACAAUGAUAGGCAUGAUCUUAUUAUAUUAAGUGAGAACUUACAAUAUUCAAUUGAUGGUAUAAGUAAAAUCACAGGAGAGCAUGUUGACGUCGAAGAAAUCCUCGAUGCAGUCUUUUCAAAAUUUUGUAUUGGAAAGUAA